AUGGCGGCGCUACCUGCAGAGGCCCAGCACCUCGCAAGCCGUGCGCUGCGGCCCUGGCUAGCGCGGGCCGCUCGUCGGCCGAUGCCGAGGGGCCGGCCAGGAAGGCCUGGUGCUCAAGGGCCAGCUGAACUCUGGUUUCAGCCGCACGAGACCAGCCAGCAGAGCCCCAUGCUGACCGAGUCUGAGAUGGGGAUGUCGCCCAACGCCAGGUCACACGGCCAGGCCCUUGCUGCCGGAGAUGGGCAGUUCGGGAAUGCAUUUGUCUUCCGCUCUCCUGCCUCCGCAAAGGCUGCAGCCGAGCGAGCCGUCGCACUGCAAGAGCUGCGCCGUGGCUCCGUGGCGCCGGGUGUCGUCCUGUCCGCUUACUUCAUUCUCGUGCGCCACGGCACGUCGCUGAGUGCUGCAGAGGCUGCAGAACUCUGGGAAACCCUCAGGGCAAUGCCCACCAGGGAGACGUUGCCGCCACUGCUCAGGCUCUCUGGACGGGAGCUUUGUGACACCCUCUUCGUCCUUGCUGCAGCGCGCGGCUUCAAACGGCACGGAGAGGUUGCACAGGAGGUCCAGGCGGCCCUUGUGCCCCAUCAUGCGCAGGCUGUCUCUGCAGCCUGUGCUCGCUGCGGAAGGGCAUUGCCUCAUGACGUCCUGCAAACUGUUCGCAGCGCCCUGUGCACCUGGACUGUUGCCAACAUUUCUCAGCUGGGCCCCCGCGGCACCGCAGGUAUGGCUCUGGCACUGUCGAGAGUAGGACCCGGCUUAGCUGGUGAGGACGCCAACGCGCAGCUCUUGGCCAUGCUGGUGCGUCGUGCCGGUCACCUCUUGAAGGAGGCGGCUGAAGGCACGUCGACUACAAGGCGUCCUUUGGAUGACAAGGUUUUCAAGCCGCUCACGUCAGUGCAGUUCUUUCGCCCGGACUGGCUUGGCAUGUUCCUGAGCGCACUGGCCCGCGGCCGUUGCCGCGAGGAGCUGGAGACCUUGAGGCGCUUGCUGGAAGCACACCUCCUCCCUCGGCAAAGAAGCCGCCUGGCCUUCGAGCCACAGAACUUGGCCCUCGCUGCCAAUGCCGUGCUAAAGCUGGACCUCCUCAGACUACGCCUUGGUGGUCCAACACCACUGGCCGCCCUUGCCCCGCUGGUGCGCCGUGCAUGUAUUGCCAUGGAAGGGGAGGGAGGUGCCCAAUCCGCUUGCCUGCUGGCCCAUGCCUUCGGCAGCGCUUUAAUGAUGCUGCCGAUGCCGCCAGCCCCGACCGAUCUCGUGCCACUCACGCAGGUCUAUGAGACGGUUCUCGGAGACCUCUUCACUCAGAUCAUCUCUUUGCAGCUUCUGAACAUCCGUGUGCGCUUCCAGCUGCUGUCCGCCGUGCAGUGCUGGUUCUAUGCAUCGGAGUUGGGUGCAAUGGCGUCACUAGCCUCGCUCCGACGUGCACAACGUGCUCUGUUGAAGGCUGGAGGAGAACUUCCGGGGCCAGCGGAGUCGCUGGGAGACCAGGACCUGAUCAGCACCAAGAGUCAUGCAGAGGUUGCCGAGGCCUUGCCGGAAGACUGGCAGCUCUCGGCGCACAUGGAAGAUUUUGCGUUUCCUUUCUGGCUGGACAUUGUGUUGGUGCAUCGAACAGCUUGGUCGAUGCAUUUCUUGAGAGCCGAAAGCAAUUGCAAGAACCUCUUCCCGCAGACCCCGCUGCCUCUCCGCAAAUGCCAGAUCUUCAAGCGUCUGCGAUUCAUCCAACUACGCGACUGCAAGGGCAGCUUCCUCAACUUGGAUAACUCAGCAAGCACUUCGGUGAUGCACCAGGGUAACUACUACACAGUUUUCGGCAAUGUGGCCACGCUGCAAUGUGCUUGCCUAUUUUCGACAUCCCCGUUGCACAGUGCACGCUGCCGCUUGUCCGCAGAGUCCACACAAUGGAUCGACGGCGGUUAUGUGUCCGGCUUUGUCUCUACACUUGCAGACUUGCAGGAUGUUGCAGGUGUCGAUUGUACCAGUGCAUAUCCUCUAGUGCAGAAUGCGUUUUUGCGGUUCAUUGUACUUCCUGGCAGUCUCGAUUUCGCGUCGGUGGUGACAACCGGUGUUUGUGGCGAUGGGGUGCCAGCGCUCGGCCAAGUCGGAGGGGCGAAGGCUCCAGACGAGCAGAGGGCCGCAAGCACUCAAGGCGAUUACAAGCUGAAGCAGGCUGAAUGCCACGGAAAUGGUGCGCCAGAAUCUUCGGAACCUGAGUUGGUGGAGGAGGCCCGUGGUGUCACAGCUGCUGCGUGCGGCCCAUCCCACUCAGCUUUCGUCGUUGACGGCAGGCUCUAUACGUACGGCUCCAACCGUCAUGGGAAACUUGGCCGCGAGGGCGACGGUGUCCUCCAAGAACCUGGCCCCGUAAGCCUGCAGGCCCCGGAUGGUCACCAGCCCUUUCCACAGUCCAUCUCUUUGGGAGGCAACCACUCCGCUGUCAUCACGGAAGGCGGCGUGCUCUGGACCUGGGGAUACGGUGGCAGCUUCUGGUACGGCGGCGGAGCCCUAGGUCUUGGUAAACGCUCGGAGGUCGACAGCCCCGAGAUGGUCAUGAGCUUCGUCAACCACGGGAUGGAAGUCGAGCAGGUGGCCUGCGGCGACAUCCACACCCUGGUGUUGGACAGAGAGGGCCGAGUCCACUCCACGGGCCAGGGCAGCUUCGGCCGUCUGGGUCGCGGCGGGAUAGCUUCCUGGAGUGACGAGUUGGAUUUCCAUGAGGUUGAAUACUUCAGGAAGACCACGGACUCCAUUCUCAAUCCGGGUGAGGAGCCUGUGAUUGUCAAGGUAGAUGCAGGAAGGGAGUUCUCCGCUGCAAUGUCUGCACACGGAGAAAUCUGGGUCUGGGGCCGCAACGACUACGGCCAGCUGGGCAUGGGUGUCGAAGUGAUGCACAAGCCGGACUUCUGCAUGCAUUAUCCCUUCCUGUUGCGGAACAUGCCCAUGGAGGGCCAUGCUCUGCGAGACUUCGCCUGUGGUGACCACCACAUCGUGGCAGUGACCAGCGCGGGUGCCAUUUACGAGUGGGGGGACCGUCACCACUUUGAGCCUACGGCUAUCACAUUGCCGAGCCGUUACCAGGAAGGCCUCAAGGGCAUCUGGAAGGUAGCGGCCGGCGAGAGCUGCUCCUUCGCUCUAUCGAUGGACGGCUCGCUCUACAGCUGGGGGCGCAAGUCGAGUGGCUGCCUAGCAUUGGGCGACUCGUGUGAGGAGUGGGUCAAGAGGCCGGUGCAGAUUCCGCCCGAAAAGUUCGGAAACCAGCGAGUGGUGGACAUCAUUGCUUCGAAGCAUCACUGCAUGGCCGUCACAGAAGAAGUCUGA